UUGCUACGAAUAGAUAAAAGCUGAAACAACUAGAACGACAGCGGCACGUGAUCGGGGUCGAAGCUUAUAACCGAGGUUUUGGGUUCAAGCUCAGUUAACUACUACUAACCAGUAAUAGACGGCGAUAAAAAAAGAUGGCGGAAAAGACAUCCGACAGUAAGCCACCGGUGUGCGUGACCGGCGCCAACGGCUUCAUCGGCACGUGGCUGGUCCGAACCCUCCUCGACCACGGUUACACUACCGUCCACGCCUGCGUCUACCCCGGCUCCGACGCGUCGCACCUCCGCCGUCUCCCCGGCGCCGCCGCCGCCGCCGCCAGCCUGGCUGUGCACGAGGCCGACGUCCUCGACGCCGCCGCGGUGGCGAGGGCGGUGAAGGGAUGCGCCGGCGGCGGCGUCUUCCACGUGGCGUCUCCCUGCACGCUCGAGGACCCGAAGGAUCCUCAGGCGGAGCUGCUGCUCCCCGCCGUGCAGGGCACGCUCAACGUCCUCGCAGCGGCUGAGGCGGCCGGCGUCAGGCGCGUUGUGAUCACGUCGUCGAUCUCCGCUAUGGUGCCGAACCCUAAGUGGCCGGUGGGGAAAGUGUUCGACGAGUCGUCGUGGACCGACCUCGAUUACUGCGAAUCUCGCCAGAAAUGGUACCCUGUGUCAAAGACACUGGCGGAGAAAGCCGCCUGGGAAUUUGCAGAGAAGCACUCAUUGGACGUGGUGGCAAUCAAUCCGGCCACGUGUCUUGGCCCUCUCUUGCAACCUGGUUUGAAUGCAAGUUGUGCUGUCCUGCAACAGCUGCUCCAGGGAUCAACUGAUACACAGGAAUAUCAUUGGUUGGGUGCUGUGCAUGUGAAAGAUGUGGCAAAGGCACAAGUAUUGCUUUUUGAGAGCCCUAGUGCUUCUGGUAGAUACCUUUGCACCAAUGGCAUAUAUCAGUUUGGUGAUUUCGCUGAAUGCGUCUCCAAACUCUUUCCUGCAUUUCCUGUUCACAGGUUUACAGGGGAAACACAACCAGGUUUGAUUGCAUGCAAAGAUGCUGCAAAGAAAUUGAUUGAUUUGGGACUAGUGUUUACACCACUUGAAGAUGCUGUCCGGGACACAGUAGAAAGCCUCAGAGCAAAAGGCUUCUUGAAUCAGGAACAAUCACAAUCUUAAGUCCUUUUGAACCUUCCCCUAUUUUCAUCUCAUCUUGUAAUAAGGCAGUAAAUAGACGAUAAAAAAAAUAAGGCAGUAAAUAGACUAUUUCUCAGUUUUUUUUACUGUCCACCUUUACCGUCGGACGAAUAACUUUAAGAUCUUAUCCUUCCAUUA